AUGCCUCGUAUGGAAAGGUCGGGGGUGGAGGAGAGCAGCUCCGCGAAGAAGGCUAAGAUUGUGUCCGCGGCAGAGUCUGCGGCCUCGGAGCAGGUCACUGUCACCUUAGACUCCAAGUUGCUGGACUGCUCUAUCUGCCUUAGUACAUUGGCUCCACCCAUUUUCCAGUGCAUCGAUGGCCAUAUGACAUGCUUAGGUUGCAGCGAAGCGGUCGAGUAUGACUGCAGCGUGUGUGGCGAGUCCGCCGACAUCCGCUGCCACGCCGUGGAGAAAAUCCUCGGCGGCAUGACCACCCGGUGCUCGUUCAGUGAGCAUGGCUGCACCGCCAUCAUCCCGUUCAUGGAGAAGCUCUCCCAUGAAGCGUUUUGCCUCCACGCCCCGUGCUACUGCCCCAUCGCCGGCUGCCGCCCCUAUGUCCGCAAGCCUCUGCGGGACCACCUUAGCAUGGAGCACCCUGGGUUGCAGCUCAGCGGCGUCAUCGCCGGCGACCUCUACCCCAUGCGCAUAGGUGAAGGGGAGUCGGCCCACGUUGUGUCCCUCUACGGCACGGGGGCGGCGUUCCUGCUGGUGGUCGACCGGAGCGUGCCGUUGGCGGGGUACACACUGUCAGUGAUCCACCUCGCAAGUGAGCCGGCGCCUGGGCAGCACGAUUUCAAGUACAAGAUUCAGGUGUCCACGCGGGCAGGCAUCAUCUGUCUGUCCGGCAAGACGCAGAGCGUCGGGUGUCUGCGGAGCCCCUACCAGCCGUGCGCGUCCAUGUUCGUCGAAGAGGACAUUUGGGAUCCCGAGUACUCUCCCGUCUACAUUGAGCUGAGAUGA